AUGAGCUUCGAACGUUAUCAUCCAUCUAAACUAAACAUGGAAUCUAAUGACAACAAUCAUCAUCACAAUGGCAACAAUCAUGUGCACUUAAAAUAUGCUCCUGUCAAAAUUAUUCACAACGAUAUUGCCAAUAGUGAGGAAAGACGCAAAUAUCCAUAGUUAAAUCUACGCUUCCAACCAGCCGAUGAAACCAUUACUCGCCAAGAUCCAACUGUCACCAUCCCUCUCAGCUUCCUACAAUAACUAAUUUAAUAAGCCUAUUCCAAUAAAUAGUUAAGAACACUAAAUAACCCCUCUUUUCGAGUCGAAGAGAACAGAAAUGACGCCGUUGAGGAACUAAUCAAAUAGAUCGAAAUCUAACAAAAAGGAUUCUACCCUAUUGAUGAAGAAAAAAAAAUAUAAAAUGUUCUAAUCUAAAAUUAAAUGAAUUUUAUUUUUUAACAUGAAGAAGCAAUUUAAAUUAUUGAGAUCUACUUUUCAGAAAACACCAAUCUCAAGCCCCAUUUCAAAACAUGGCUAUAGCAAUUCGAAGUAAAGGCCAUCUAGGAUAUGUUGAUCUUAUGUCAUUCUGAUCCCAAAGGGUAAUAAUGCUAAGAUCUAUUUAAAACCCUAUUCUAAAAGUUGUCUAUUGAAUUCUAUCAAAAACAUGCUUAUGCCUAAGUCUUAAGAAGCGACCAACAAGAAAAGCUCAAAUAUCUCUCCCAAAUAGGAGAAAUUUUAAAUAAAAUAACGAAACCAUAAGAAUAUUAUUAUUUUAAGCAACGAUGA